AGUCACAGGCACACAGCGCCACUUUCAAUAACGUGCAAGACUGGUUGGCUGCACCGGAGGGGUUUUCUAGCGUAAACGGAAAAUAACAGCUAAGAAUGUUUUUCUGUUAGUUGUCCUCUCGCGACAAGAAAUCUUAUUUUUCAUAUAAAAACAGUCUCGGUGCUCUCUUGGCGUUGACCCUGGUAUUACGAGAUAUUAGUGGGUUUGCAGGCGAAUGCAGUGUGGAGACCAUGGUACCUAUCAACAGUGCGCUACGGACGGAAAAUAACAUCUUGACACUGAAAACCUGUUUUGUUUCCUAUAUGUUCGUACGAAUAUGAAGGGACGGUGCUUUCUGACGUAUCUAUAGGCUGUAGGAUAGAAAAUAAAAAUGUCUUAAUCCCGCGGCGGUAUAACUGGGUUAUAAUCGAUGUAAAAAUGAGUAGCGGGAAGCAGAGGACCUUGUUUCAGACUUGGGGUUCGACAGUUCAGCAAAACCCGGACCAUCCGGAUUUGACAGCCAGGGGGAAGCGGCCGAGUGGGCGUCGCAAGGCCGGCACGAGUAAUGCGGCAGGGAAACUCAAGCCGAAGACCAGCCAGAACCCCCCGGCGCCCCGCGGGUCUCUGUGGGGGCAGAUCGGCCAGGCAGCUCCUGCUGCGGGCUGCUGGAACGGGGACGAAGACGAUGACGAUCUGAUGCUGGUGGCUGUUUAUGAGGCCGAAAAAAGCUUGGAGAGCUUGCAGAGCGCCUCGGAGCGAGACGACGGCGGGGCCGAGCCCGGGAUCACGGCCGGGUCUGAAGACCUUCCCGGGUUUGACCGCACGUCAGCGGACAUAUGGAUUUACCCCACCAACUACCCCGUCAGGGAGUACCAGCUGAAGAUCUCGGAAACGGCGCUCUCCCAGAACACGCUGGUGUGCUUACCGACUGGGCUCGGCAAGACGUUCAUUGCCGCGGUGGUGAUGUACAACUUCUACCGCUGGUACCCGUCCAGCAAAAUUGUAUUCAUGGCCCCGACAAAGCCUUUGGUGGCCCAGCAGAUCGAGGCGUGCUACAAGGUGAUGGGCAUCCCUCAGGACCACAUGGCGGAGCUCACAGGAAGCACUCAGGCGCAGACCCGCAAGGAGAUCUGGAGGUCCCGGCGGGUCUUCUUCCUGACGCCCCAGGUGAUGGUGAACGACCUGUCCCGAGAGGCGUGCCCCGCCUCCCAGGUGAAGUGUGUGGUGAUCGACGAGGCGCACAAGGCCCUGGGCAACCACGCCUACUGCCAGGUGGUACGGGAGCUGUGGAACCACACGCAGCAGUUCCGGGUCCUGGCUCUGAGUGCCACUCCGGGCAGCGACGCCAGGGCGGUGCAGCAGGUGAUCUCUAACCUCCUGAUCUCGCACAUCGAGCUGCGCUCGGAGGAGAGCCCCGACAUCCAGCCCUAUUCCCACCAGCGCAGCCUGGAGAAGGUGGUGGUGCCGCUGGGAGAGGAGCUUGCCCGGUACCAGGCCAGGUACCUCCUGGUGCUGGAGAAGUUCACCAGCCGUCUGACCCAGCUGAACGUUCUCUCUCAGCGGGACAUUCGCAACCUCACCAAGUACCAGCUCAUCCUGGCCCGAGACCAGUUCAGGAACAUCCCCCCGUCUCACAUCGGGGUUGCCCAGCAGGGGGUGCUGGAGGGGGACUUUGCCCUGUGCAUCAGUCUGUACCACGGCUAUGAGCUCCUGCUGCAGAUGGGGCUGCGGUCCUUGUUCCUCUUCGUGCAGGGCAUCAUGGAUGGCAGCAAGGAGAUGCCAAGAGCGAGGAACGAGCUGCUGCGUAACCAGGACUUCAUGGAGCUCUAUCAGGAGAUGGAGGCCAAGUUUUUGAAGCCCAGCAUGGCUCCACCUGCAGGGCCUGAAGAGCCAUUCUUGUACAGCCACCCCAAACUGAGGAAGCUGGAGGAGGUGGUGCUGGAGCAUUUCCGGUCCUGGUCGGAGCACACAGGGCCGGGCGAUGCGGAGGGGGCGGCCGAUCGCGUCUGCACCCGCGUGAUGAUCUUCUCGUCCUUCAGAGAGAGCGUGCAGGAGAUCGCCGCGAUGCUGAGCCGACACCAGCCCCUGGUGCGGGUCAUGACCUUCAUGGGCCAGUCGUCGGCAGGAAAGGGGGUCCGGGGCUUCACACAGAAGGAGCAGCUUGAGGUGGUGCGGCGAUUCCGGGGAGGCGGGUUCAACACGCUGGUAUCGACGUGCGUGGGGGAGGAGGGGCUGGACAUCGGCGAGGUGGAUCUCAUCGUGUGCUUCGACGCUCAGAAGAGCCCGAUCCGGCUGGUGCAGCGCAUGGGCCGGACCGGGCGCCGGCGGCAGGGCCGGAUUGUCGUCAUUCUGGCGGAAGGCCGCGAGGAGAGGACAUACAACCAGAGUCAGAGCAAUAAAAGGAGCAUUUACAAGUCGAUCAUGGGGAGCAAGCAGAGCUUCCGGAUGUACACCCAGAGCCCCCGCUUGCUGCCCGAGGGGGUCCGCCCCUCCCUGCACAAGAUGUUCAUCACCAGCGGGCAGUUCCAGCACCGGCAGACGUCCUGCCGUGCCUCCAGGGGCAGAAGGUCCGACGCCCUGAUCCAGGAGUCCUUCACGCACCCCCGCGGGCCAGGGUGUCCUGCAAGCAGAGCGAAGGAUGGCGGGCUGCUGAGCCCGGAGGAGCUCUCUCUGUGGAAUUCCAGCCUGCGCCUGGAGGAGGAGGAGCCCCAGCCCACACUGCCACGGUCGCACUUCCUCUCCCUCAAGAGCGAGCCUCCGUCCCCUGAGUGUGUGCCCACUUCCAGCUCUCGGGAACUGUCCCUGUGGGAAUGGAGGUGCUGGCAGAACAGGCUCUUUCCAACAGCUAUGGUGGAUCACUCCGACCGAUGUCGGCACUUCUCCCAAAUCAUGGAGCUCAUAGACUGCAUGAGGCAGGAGGAGAAGGGGGAAUGCAAUUAUGAGUUAGAGCUGAUGCCAUAUCUUAAGAAGGAGGAUGUGAUUGUCUGUAAAGGUAAUAAAGCUUCAUGUGGUGAAACAGCCGUCAAGGGAAAGAGACCCAGAAGAUUGGGAUCGAAUCUGCACCCUGUCCACUCCAAGAAAAAACGUUCUUCAAGCUCGUCUAUCGACAUGGAGGAAGUAGACAGGGAUUUUAGGACUCCUGGGGUGAGCGUAUCAAAGCAGACGUCUUCUGUGUGCAUGCCUGAGUCAACAGAGAAGUGCCUGUCAUCUGAGGAUGCCCAAGCCAUAAAUGAGCCUAAAGGCUGUGGAAUGGAGUCAGAGCCAAGUGAAACAUUCCAAGCCGGAGAUAUUGAAUCUGAAUGUAUUAUCAUCCCUGAUAAAAGAAAAGAUCCAGGUGCAGGUUCUGCAGACCAUUGUAGUUCCCCUGAACUUGAAGCUUUGCAUCAAUCUGCAAAAUUAAGUCCCCACAUUGGCUACGCCAAUAAAACAGAUGAAAGCUGCUCAGACAUUGAAGCCAUGUUUUAUUUCCCAAAGUGCACUACUUUUUCUUUUGAAAAAUGUCCUGAUAAAGAAAUACCACACAAUGUGAAGGUUAUUUUAGCAAAUGUGAAAGAGCUCCUGGAAAGGUCUCCUCCUCCUGAACCUGACUUAGACUUUGACUUGAUAAACGUGGAACCCCCACUUGAUUCUAAAUCUCAGCCAAUCAACACUUUCCAGAUCACCUUUUCCUUGACAGGUGAGCUAGAAGUUCCUUGUGGAGAAAAGGAAUCAAGCGAUAUUGUCUUGUCUGGUAGUGAUUUGAAACUUAACGGUGUGGCUUCUCAUGGAGUGAUGACUAAGGAAGCAGCUGAAGUAAAUAAACGUCCCACAGGCCAUGCUGUUCUAAAAGCCUGCAGUCCCAGUUGGGAUGUAAUCUUUGAUGAAGUCCCAGAGGAAAACCCCACACAUGAUGAACAAGACAUGGGUUGCAGAAACAGUAAACUGCAGCUCCAGGCUGGCACACCAGGCGAUGGUAAUGACAAGGCUACUGGCAAACAGUACUGCCAGAGCCACAGCUUCAAAGCUGACCCCAAAGAUGAAAGCAUGGACCUGUUUGAAGAUGAUGAUCUCUUCCUCCAGGUAAGUGUCCCAGAUCCUGUUGUCAGUGAUGACAAGUCUCCAAGGCCAAACGCUCCUGCAGGACCUGUCGGGGAGACAGAUGGAUUCGAGAGGGAUGGAUUGGCUUGCAGAGAUCUUACUGUCCAAGAAAAAACGGCUUUUGUAGCUGAAGGGCCAACAGCUCCCUACCCGAGUUCUGUUGCAGAUCAGCAGCAGUUACCACAGGAUGAAGGACAGUACAAUUGCUCACAGGAGCUCUUCUCUGUUAACUUUGACCUGGGCUUUUCAAUGGAAGAGAGCGAGGAUGAGCUCCCGGAAAAGGGAAAUGCCUCUCCACAUGAAGCAAAGGAAUCAGCAAGCAGCUCUGCCACUCCCACCUCGGAAAGGGCUGCAGAAACGUGGCUGAUCCCAAACGAAGAAAAACAUGGAUCAUCCUCAAGGUGUUGGAUGGAUCCUCGAGGCAUGAAUUGUGUAACACCUUUGAUACAUCACACUGAGAGAGAGACCGCUCCAUUCUCGGUUUCAAAGGGGGUGUCUGUGUUGUCCCCAGUCAUCACUAAUCAAGACCAGAGUCUCCUUGCUCCCCCAGACAUUACUGAUCAAGACCAGAGUCUCCUUGGUCCCCCAGGCAUCACCAAUCAAGACCGGAAUCUCCUAGCUCCCACAGCUGCUUCCACUCCCACUCCCUUUGCCACUUUGACAUCUCCACGGGGUUCAGGCAAGUUGUUAAAGAGAACCCAGACAUCACGGCCAGACCCCUCCUUUCUGGGAAGCAAGCUGUGGUCACCUCUGAAGGGCCAUACGCAGGGACAUCUGAAAAGAGCUCUGCUGAAGGCAGCAGGGCCUACCAGUGAAAACCGACCAUCGGAUCCUCUUCAUAAAGGAGGCAGCAGUGGUGACAGUGACGAGGAGGCUGUGUUCAGAGGGCACAGGAAGAGAACCAAAGCCAACCCCCUGGACUCUCCAGACGUUAGCGAUGUGGACUCACCCAUUCAAGUGGCACAGAGACGCAGAGCACCCUUCAUUUCACUGGAGGAGAGUGGGGACGAGCAGCUGUCUGACCAGGACUUCAAGGACAGCCUCCUGCGUCGCCCCCGGAGACCCAGGCCCCACAGAAACAGCACCCCACCACACGGGGCAAAGGUGGCGAUCAGAGCUGCUCGGGAGUUCCUCGAUGAAGAGGCGGAGCUCUCAGAAGAAGGCGGGGCUGUGUCCUCAGAUGAGGCCUGUGAUUCGUCAGAGGAGCUGGACCAUUCCUUGGCGGGUUUUGUUGUUGACAACAUCCAGCCCUCGCAGGGCUUGAAUGAUUCAGCCAUGCAUGGUGUUUACCUGAAGUCGGUGAGAAGCCCAGCUGUCCAUAACAAGUACAAGAUGGUUUAUAAACCCAGCUAUGACCUGGAGGUCUGCUCGCAGGUUACAGAGCAGGACGAGUCGUACAUGGAAGACAGCUUUGUGGUGCAGGGCGGUGAGGAGGAGGAGGAGGAGCCGGGGGACAGCGAUGAAGAAGAGGUGUGUGCAGUGGAGCUGCUCCCUGAUGACACCUGCAUCGGAGGGAGGAAGCUGUAUCCAACACGACGCAGGGUCCGGCUCAGACGGGCCCAGGGCCUGGAGAGUGGGCCGGAGCUCUUUGCCAGGGAGGUGAAGAAGCCCAAAGCCUCCCGCAUCAUUGUCCCAGAAGACACCAGCGAAGAGGAGGAGGAGGGGAAGAUGAAGGAUGUUAAGGAGGAUGCAGGCGGAGAUGCUAAAGCCCUACCCAGGCCUGGAGAGCCCCCACUGACGCGGCUGCCUGUCUUCAAGACCCCGCAGCCUGAAGAACGGGGGUCGGCCAUACAGGAGGAGAGGAGGCGUCAGCAGCUCAGCCUUCAGGCUUCCGUCUCUGAGGCUCUCGACUUCCAGCCCGCCUCCUCCAAAGAGCUCAGUGCAGCGCAGCAGCAGCCUGGAUGCUCUGGCGUCGGUCAGGGGGCGCGACCGCCGCUGUCCCAGCCUGUGUGCGUCCUGGCCGACAGCCGGGGGAUCGCUGGGGGCCCCGAGGUGCUGUCCUGCCUGCGGCUGCGCCACGGGGUGACCGCCCAGGUCUGCUCGCUGGGCGCGUGCGACUUUAUCGUCAGCAACAGGAUGGCAGUGGAGAGGCAGACGCUGUCCGAGAUCUCCAGCAGCGUGAACCGCGGGCGUCUGGCGGAGAGGGUCCGCGCCCUGCAGGGCUCUUUCGACAGGGUGUGCCUCAUCGUGGAGAAGGACCGCACCAAGCCUGGUGAGGUGUCCAGGGUAUUCCAGCGUUCUCGUUACUAUGACAGCACGCUGGCGGCGCUGAUCCGGGCCGGCACGCGGCUCCUGUUCAGCAGCGGGCCUGAGGACACGGCUGCCCUUCUGGCCGAGCUCGCCCGAGUCGAGCAGAGGAAGAGCAACGCCAUUGCCGUCCCCACAGAGGUCAAGGGUCAGCGGCAUCAAGCCCUGCAGUUCUACCUCACCCUUCCAGGGGUCAGCUACAUCGCCGCCCUCAACAUGUGCCAUCGCUUCAGCUCCGUUUGGCACCUGGUCAACAGUGCUGUGGAGGAGCUGGCAGCCGGCGCCUGUGUGAGCAGACCGCGGGCCGAGGAGAUCUUCCGCUGCCUGCGCUACGCCUUCCACCCCGACCUGCUGCCCCACAGGCCGGCAGGGGGCGCCAAGAGCAGCGGCCUCUGACGCCAGGCUGGGAGCAGCUCCAGACCCUCGAUGACGCAGCCACCCUGGCAGCAGUCCGAUUACCCCUCCGGCUGUGCUGGCUGGUACCGACAGGGUCAC